UCACAGUUCUGUAUCUGAUUUAUCUGAUGACGAAGAUCCAGCGCAGAAUCAGUUGCAUUAGCCACUAGAAUGAUAUGCGUUCCUGAAACUCAAGAGCGGCCCAGGUAGCUCUGAAACUGCCAGAGCUCAUGGAGAAUGGUCAGAAGUUUGAAACGAAUGCCUCACCGGUUAGGGGCAUUCUGUAUGUCAAAACUGUUGGGGGUCCCGGGUUGAUCGGCCCUUCUACCAGCAGUGCGCUGGUGGUGAUUGAGCUCUUUUGCCCCAGUAGCCUACAGGUUAUGAGACUGUUAAGCGUGAGCCCCGCUGUGGUUAACAUGCAUGGGUUUGAUCCCAGAAUGGACUUAAGAAAAUCCCAAACAAAUACCCUGGACUUUUAA